AGUGCUCCGGCCCGACCGCUCCUCUCCUUCUCCUCCCUCAGCUCCACAGCUGGCUCUCUGUCUGUUCGGAUGCUGGCCGCCUUCUCGUCGCCGCCGCGCGCCACGAAAACAGUCCAGAGGCGGAAUGACUGACGACCUGUGUCGCUCGGUCUGAACAUCGGGAAAUCCACACGUCGGAAAGGAGGGAGGAAAAACCGAGGCUCUCCGUCCUCCUCCCCCCUCGAGGGAACUGAUUCCACAGAGGAAUGCCAGUGCCUGAGGUGGCGUCUGAUACUGCCAGUGCUGCCACCAUGUUGAGUCCUGUUCUCAACGCCUCCAAUGGAGACGGCUCAGAGUCCGAAACCACCUCCGCUAUCCUCGCCUCUGUCAAGGAACAGGAGCUGCAGUUUGAACGUCUGACCAGAGAGCUGGAAGCCGAACGACAGAUUGUUGCCAGUCAGCUAGAGAGAUGCAAGCUUGGCUCUGAGACUGGAAGCAUGACGAGCAUCAGUUCUGCAGAUGAGAAAUUCCGCUGGAACAACCAAGAUGGACAGAAAGAUAUAGAGGAGGAGCUGACGACAGGCCUGGAGUUGGUGGAUUCUUGUAUCCGAUCACUUCAGGAAUCUGGCAUCUUGGACUCACAGGACACAUCUGCAGGAGACCGGCAAGGCCUUCUGUCCCAAAGUGCUUUGCAGCUCAACAACCAAGAUGCCUAUGCCGCUGCUGGUUACCAUAAUAACCAAGGCCUGGUGCUUGGCGAAUCUGUCACAGGUCGAAGCGGGCAAGUUGGAGGGGCGGUUCACAGCUACAAUCAGGUGACAUCCAGCCGUGCAGCUGCCCAGUUAGCAGGGACGGACUCUCCCUCACAGUCCCAGAGAGACUUCUUCGCCCAUCAGACCCUUGGCAGCACCUUCCACAUGUCCACUGAUGGCGGUCCUGUACCUGUUGGGUCCUCCAUGUAUUACUCAUGUGCUACUUUGCCUGCACAGCGUGUGAGCUCUCCUCUACAGGCAGUGGGAUCACCUACAAAGCUGCAGCGCCUGGGAUCCGCCUCGUCCGACAUGCCCAGCUACGCCACGCUACAGAGAGUGUCCUCACCCAAACAGUCACCCAGCCGACUCGCAAAGUCCUACAGCACGUCAUCACCCAUCAACAUGGUGGCGUCGGGCGGUGCCGGCUCCUCCUCACCUCUCACCAUGGCAGCAUCUCCAGGGGGAAACCACACCUCAUCACCCAUCCACCAGCUCAGUUCAGCAGUGGGCAGCUAUGCCACCCUUUCUCCGACCAAGCGCAUGCUGCACCACAUCGGAGCAGACACCUACAAGAUUUCCCACGAGCUGUACGCCAACGCAACCCUGCAAAGGCCUGGUAGCCUGGCAGGUAGAGGCUCCAGAGGUUCUUACAGCAGCCAGCACAGUCACCUGGGCUCUGAACUCCGACCCUUGCAGUCUCCUGAACACCAUAUUGAUCCCAUUUAUGAAGACAGAGUCUACACCAAACCCAACCUGAGAGGACAAGCCCCAACUUCCCCUGGUGUCGACCCAAUCCCCUUGCAGCGAACGGGGAGCCAAACCACUGCCAGCACCUAUCAAAGAGGAAGCUUUGCAACAGGAGGUGGAACUUCUGACUACGCCAACCCGUACCGCACGCUGCAGUUCUGUCCAUCCACUGAGUCGCCUUACAGCAAAUCAGGCCCUGCCCUGCCUCCUGAGGCAGCUUUGGGUCGGUCUCCAUCAGUGGACAGCAUCCAAAAGGACCCGAGGUACGGUCCAGAAUUCCUUGUGUGGAAUCAAAAUCAAGCCGAGCAAAGAAUCACAAAGGAGUUUGGCUGGAGGGACCCAGAGUUGCCAGAGGUGAUCCAGAUGUUGCAGCAUCAGUUUCCAUCAGUUCAGUCCAAUGCUGCUGCCUACCUCCAGCACCUCUGUUUUGGAGACAACAAGAUCAAAUCUGAGAUCCGGCGUCAGGGUGGCAUCCAGCUCCUGGUAGACUUAUUGGACCAUCGGAUGACUGACGUCCACCGCAGUGCCUGCGGUGCCCUGAGGAACCUAGUGUAUGGCAAAGCAAAUGAUGACAACAAGAUUGCCCUGAAGAACUGCGGUGGCAUACCUGCUCUGGUCCGACUGCUCAGGAAGACCACAGAUGUUGAGAUCCGAGAACUACUUACAGGUGUGUUGUGGAAUCUUUCAUCGUGUGACGCUCUGAAGAUGCCCAUCAUCCAAGAUGCUUUGGCCGUGUUGACCAACGCUGUGAUCAUCCCCCACUCGGGCUGGGACACCUCCCCACAUACACAAGAGGACCGUAAGCUGCACCUCCACUCCUCCCAGGUCCUCCGUAACGCCACCGGCUGUCUCCGGAACGUGAGUUCUGCUGGCGAGGAGGCUCGGAGGAGGAUGAGGGAGUGUGAAGGCCUUACAGACGCCCUGCUCUACGUCAUCCAGACUGCUCUAGGGAGCAGUGAGAUUGACAGCAAGACUGUAGAGAACUGUGUGUGCAUCUUGAGGAACCUAUCAUACCGCCUGGCUGCAGAGACAUCUCACAGCCAGCAAGGGGGGUCAGAAGAGCUGGACGGUCUCUUGUGUGAUACUGGUGGGAAAGAUGCAGAGAGUUCUGGAUGCUGGGGCAAGAAAAAGAAGAAAAAGAAGGGGCACGAUCAGUGGGAUGGCGUCGGCCCGUUUCCAGACUUGGCGGAGUCCCCAAAAGGCAUCCAGAUGUUAUGGCACCCGAGCAUUGUCAAGCCCUACCUCACUCUGCUGUCUGAGUGCUCCAACCCUGACACUUUGGAGGGAGCAGCAGGAGCUCUGCAAAACCUGGCUGCAGGCAGCUGGAAGUGGUCCGUGUAUAUCCGAGCAGCUGUACGUAAGGAGAAGGGCCUUCCGAUCUUAGUGGAGCUACUGAGGAUAGACAACGACCGCGUGGUGUGUGCUGUGGCCACCGCACUGAGAAACAUGGCUCUGGACAUCAGGAAUAAAGAGCUGAUUGGUAAAUACGCCAUGAGGGACCUGGUGCACCGUUUGCCUGGAGGCAGCAACAACAACAACACGAGCAGUGGAGGGGGAGGAGCCACAAACAGUAGCAGCCUGGUGGGGAAGACGAUGUCGGAUGAUACAAUCACCGCCAUCUGCUGUGCAUUACACGAGGUCAUCACCAAGAACAUGGAGAACACCAAAGCCCUGAGGGAUGCUGGUGGCAUCGAGAAGCUCAUCGGCAUCGCCCGCAGUAAAGGAGACAAAAUUCCCAGACAUAGUCCGAAAGUGGUGAAAGCGGCAUCUCAAGUCCUGAACAGCAUGUGGCAAUACAGAGACCUCCGCAGCCUUUACAAAAAGGAUGGUUAUUCCCAAUAUCAUUUUGUUGGCUCCUCAUCCACGAUAGAACGAGACCGACAGCGACCUUACUCUUCUUCUCGUACUCCAUCAGUCUCUCCCGUACGGACUUCGCCCAACAACCGUUCAGCCAGUGCUCCUGCCUCCCCUAGAGAGAUGAUGGCGUUGAAGGAGAGGAAAGCAGACUAUGAGUCGACUGGUAAUGCCAGUUACCAUGGCAACAAGGGCGAGCACACCUCCCGGAAGGACACCAUGACAGGCCAGAUAUCCGGUGGGUCUUCAACAUUACACAGAGGAGCAUAUGUGUCUCCAACUGAUGAUCUGAAGUAUAAUCAGAUUUCUUCACAAGGCUUGCCUUCAGAGCCCUUCCCACCUUUCCAAAACCCUCCUCCGCCGGACAACAGCAACUACGAGGACCAGGCUUUCUACGAGAACCAGAUUCACGCUGGAGGUCGCCCCCCGCAGGCCGAGCUGAACAUGCAUUUGCAGGGCCUCAAAUCCACAGGAAACUACGUAGACUUCUACUCUGCCUCGCGACCCUACAGUGAGCUGAACUAUGAGACCAGCCACUAUCCAGCCUCACCAGACUCCUGGGUCUAAGGGAAGAUGAUGGUGAAGGAGGAGAGGAUGGAUGGAUGGAUGGGAGGAAAGUUGAGGGUGAAGGAGUUAGUGCAAAAGCCAGAGGAAAGAAGACAGAAAGAUGUUAUUUUCCCUCCUGCUCUGUCCUUCCCCGUAGGUCCUGAGUAGCAUCUUAGGUAGCAGGACAGGAGGGGAGGAUGGAAAUAAGGGCAGAUUGAAGAGUGGUCACGCAUGUGCAUGCACACCACCAACAAAAAACACAUUUUCUUUCUGUGUUUAGUUUGUGAUCAGCUACUGCAGUAAGGCUCAGCAGGAGUCCUCCAGCGGCCGACGGCCUGCAGGAGAAAGACGUGAAGGAGCAGCGUGGUGGAAAAAAGUGGGAAAUGCACCGAGAUAGACAGUGAGGGAGAGCUGGAUCGGUGUGCUCGAGGACGCAGCGUAUUGACGGGAUGUCAGGUGUGAAACGGAACGUGUCGGAGAAAAGAGGCAGCUGUAAAUAUGUGUUGUAUUCACACGGCUUUUAGUAAUGUGAAGCACAAGAAGCAGAGCUGUAGGACACGUAGGAUGUCUUUCACACAAACUUUUUUAAUUUUCCCGUACGGCUAAAGCUUGAUGAAUCCUCCUCCGGGCGAAGAACACAUCCGAACUUUGUCAUUUGUAACAAUUUUUUUUUGUUUUGUUUUUUGUUUUUUUGUGUGUGUGCCUGUGUGCAUUUCUACUUUUUUAAUUCUGGAUUCUGGUUGUAUAGUAUUUGAUGUACAUUACAGAGAUGCAUUGUGUACUGUACAUUGCACUAUUUCCUGUGUUUUGGCGAAGGUGAACCGUACAUCCUCAUCUACACACACACACACACAAUCACGCAAUCACACAUCUGUACAAUCUGCACUUAAUAACUUACUGCUAAAGACUGAUUUUAUGUGGAAAUGUGAUGUUAAAUGCAGUUUUAAAGCAUCUUUUUACCUGCAGUUGAUAUAAAACGAAGAAAGUGGGCUCGAACAGUCGUAGGAUCUUUAUCGAUUUGCAGCAGCAAAGCAUUUUUUUGUGAUGCCAAAUUGUCAUUUGGUGUUUGUUUGUUUGUUUUUGACAGGUGUUUUUACACGUCAACAUUGCUUUUUGUUCUGAUGAGCAUUUCCUGAAAAUGAACUGUGCUCAUUGUGUACAUAAUCGUGCCAAACUGAAGGGGGCAGAGCAGGAGGUCAGGAGGUAAAAGGGUCCAAGUUCACCUGAGCCCGCUGGCAUCAGCUGAACGUCCUAAACAUGUUCUCGUGUGUAAAUGCUUUGGUUUUUCUACACUGUGUUUUAUUGGGAGGAAAACUCUCCACUGCACCGUGAGUGGACAAAAUUUAAAUUUUGGAGGGACUGUCGUAGAGUUGAGCCUUGCUUCCUCCAAAGUUGUACAAAAUUAGUUGAUUUCUGUGUUGUAAAAUAAUCAAUGUUUGAAGUAAGACAAAUCUUUUCUGCGAGCUGGCCAGCAAUUCUAACUUCAUGGUAGACAAAACUGUUAAUAGAGUACGGAUAUAUAUUAUAUAAAUAUGAAUAUAUACUUUUUAUGUGCAGAUGUGGUUGUCACUUAUAGCAGCAACAUUAUGGAAUAAAACGUGUAAAAAAAACAAACAAACACAGCUACAUGUAGGAAUUUUGUUCAAUUUUUUUGUUAUUUUUUUGUUUUCGGCACACUAAACUGUCAACUUUGUGUAGUAAUGUUGUUGCUGUGUGGAAUAGAGUAGAUCAGGGCCCAGUGAUCCAUGCUGUCACUGAAGCAGCACACACAGGUGCUACGUCAGUGAUUUUCUCCAACAGGUUUGUAUUUUAUCUGUGCUCUACAUGUCUGCUGCCUCUCCGUAGGUUACAGAGCAUCUACAGUCAACAGAAAAGUAAUAUAUAAAACAAUAGAAAUACAGAAAAAAAAUCAGAUGAAAACUAUUUCCUAUGCAUGACGCUCCCCCUUUUUGAUCAAUUGGCCGCCUCCUGCUAAAAAUCUAAAAUUACACACGCGUAUGCAUGAGCACUUUGUCAUCAGUGGCACUUUUUUAAUAAGUGGGGAAGGAUCAGUUGUACAACAUGAUGACAGACCCUGGUUUUCCUGACCCGCUGCUGUCAAGAGAUCACUGUCUGAUAAUUAAUUGUAAUGCAACUUCCCCCUCAGAAACACUGGAUGAAAAACAGGCGUAAUGUUUUUUGGAACCUGACAACAUUGUGUGUGCCUGUGAUGCUUAGAGGCAGAAAACCUGACAAGAUCAGUGUGAAAUAUAACGUCUGAAACCCUUUUGUUGAUAAACCACAUGUGUUUUAAAAAGAAAAUUGUGAAUCUUUUUAUUGACUCCAACAAAUUGCAACUGCUCAAAAUAUAAAAGU